UCCAAACACCACACUCGCCACCUCGGUCUUCACAGCAACAAACACACAGACAAACCAACUCACCAUGGCUCGCGUUUUCUACGUGCUGUUGUCCGCCGCCUUGGUAGCCGUCGCCUACGGUUUGCCUAUGGAAACACCCAGACAGCCGGACGCUCCGGACUCUGCCAACGAGCUGUCCAUAGUGGAACAACUGCAGCAUAUCAUGGAGAAACGCGAUGUCUCCUUGGACGUUGCCGGAGCCACCGUCGUCGUGUCGCCCAGAAAAGUCGAGGAUAACGAAUUGGGACUGACGUUGAGGCUGCCAAGUUCAGCCGAGCCCAGAAGCAAACGGCACAAGCUGAGAAAAAUUCUCGUGCCCAUCAUGGUGUUCAUCAUGCUCAAGGCUCUCACACUGAUCCCGUUGGCCAUCGGCGUGUUGGGUUUGAAGGCAUGGAACGCGUUGCAGCUGUCGUUCUUCUCGUUUGUCAUCAGCAUCGGACUCGCCAUUUUCCAGCUGGUGAGGAAGGCGGCCGAAUCUCCUCCAGCCCUUACCGCCCAUGAUGCCGGUAUCUAUGGCGCUCCUGCCGCACACUAUGCCAGGAGCAUCCAAGAAAAUAGCAACGCUCACGAAAUGGCCUACGCCAACCAGCUCAGAUAGACGCCGCGAAUCGAAUUUCUCGCGACACUAUGCUGAAAAUGGGCCCGGAUGACGUCCUGUGAACACCGAAAGAAUAUUUCAAUAUUUAUUUAUUUAUUAUUAUUGUUUUUGCUUAAGUAACUUAAUUCAGAUAUUGUAAAUAGUAUAUUCAAAUUUAUGUACACCACUCUUGCGCGAGUGACUGUUGAUAGAUUAUACAACAAUUUUAUCAAUCAAAA